GCGAUGGAGGUGAGAUUAUUUCGACGCAUUGGGUUCAUUUAUGCCGUGGUGUGCUUCAUCGGAUCGGCGGCCGGUGUUAUUAUUUUCUUCAAACAACUGGUAGAUGGUGGAAGGGAAUGUAGCGAGUUUUACUGCGAAGGAAAUAUUUCAGGUAGUGAAAGUAUGCUCCUCGCUACUAUUCAAAUGGUGCUAUGCUUGAUAUCAGCAGUGAUUUACGCUUUGCUGAAAGUUGGAAUAGAUGAGGCGAAGAUGAAGUACAUUCGCAUCCAUAAGGCAUUUAUGGCAACCAGAAAUUUCGUUCUGAUUGUUCGAUGGACAUUCGUAAGUGUGACCCUAGGUAUAAUACAAAUCGGUGGGGUCAAUCCCCCGGCUUUUGCAGAGCAACAGAAUUUCGCAACAGUGAUGCUUCUCUUCAUCUCAGUUUUAUUUGGGGUGGAAAUGUGGAUUACCGAUGGAAUUCAACGUUACGUGGAAGAAGUGUACAUUUACGAGGAAAAUGUUGAUAUAUUAUGAGUAUCUUUCCAAAGGCCAUACAUAAGGGGGUACUUUAAAGUACAUUCUAAGCUAAAAUUUAUCGUGUCGUAGUAAUAGGGAUGCGUUAAAUUAAGCUUCGGCCAAAGCCAUUCUUAAAUGCGAAGUGCUGCCAAUAAGAUCUCAGGACGUAUAUGAUAUUAUGAUAUUGUUUUGUUAUAGUUAGUCGUCAUCAAUGAAUUUAUUUAAGUUAAAAUAAUUCUUCAAGUAAUUUAUGACAUUUGUUGAAGCUUAUAAGAUUGUGUAGUCAAUAUUGGUAAGACACUCAAAGUCAUUCGUUUAGGUGCGCCCCUUUUUUACUUGUUCUGAUGAAAUAUAAAACAAUAUUACCGACGUGCCGUUAUAAUUUUUUUUUUGCGAAUUAUAACUCCUUUAAUAAUCGAUGAAUUUGUAUCA